AUGGCGAAUGGUGCAAGUCGAGGUGUGAACAGUGAGCAACAUUUUCGAGAAUUCCUGGAGAAGGUGAACGGUCGUGAUUGGGUGGUUGUGCGCAAUAUGGUUGGUUUGGAUUACGAGAACCAAAUGAACUACACGUUGACGAUCACUGCUAUGGAUAUGCGAAGUCAAGUGACAUCCGAUAAGCAGUUUCAUAUUAUUUUACGAGACAAGAACGAUGUGGUACCACGCUUCACUGUGGAUCGUUUCACGGGCACAAUUGAAGAGGAACAAACACCAAUCGAGUUUAUGGAAAGGUAG